CCAUACCACCACAAAAAAAAUCGUCCCCCGCCUGUCAGUUGACGUGUUUAGAAUUUUCACAUCUUCUUCACAUCCAUAACCGAAAUCAAUUUUUUUCUCUUAUUAUUUUUUUUUGCAAUCAAAUCUACACAAAAAAUGCAAAAAAUCUAAAGUCCCAAAUAACUUAAAAAUUCAACAAUAAUCCAAGUUAUUUGUUAUUUAUUGUAAAAUUGUUGCAGAAAAAAAUGUUUUUUGCCCACGUAUUCAUAAUUUGUUUAUGCGUGUUUGGAGCAAUUUCCGAUGAGCAUAAUCAUAUUUACAAUGACCGAGAAGAAGUUGUUCUCUGGAUGAACACUGUCGGCCCCUAUCACAAUCGCCAAGAAACUUAUGCAUAUUUCUCAUUGCCCUUCUGCUCGGGAUCGAAACAAAGCAUUAGCCAUUACCAUGAGACACUCAGUGAGGCUCUGCAGGGUGUUGAAUUAGAAUUCAGUGGCUAUGAGAUUGAUUUCAAAGUCGACGUCUCGACGACUGUCAUUUGCAUGGUCGAUUUGACUGAAGACAAAGUCAAAGCUUUCACUUAUGCCGUUAAGAAUGAGUACUGGUAUCAAAUGUAUAUCGACGGUCUGCCAAUUUGGGGUAAAGUUGGUGAACGUUCCGAGAGGGAGAACAAAUACUUUAUUUACACCCACAAAAAGUUCGAAAUCGGUUACAAUGGCAAACAGAUUGUUGACAUCAAUCUUACCACAGAGAAGAAGGAGCUUCUUGUCCCUGGAGCCAAGAUUAAGUUCUCUUAUGAAGUCAUUUGGAAGUUGACACCGGUUAAGUUUGAAAACCGUUUCGACAAGUAUUUGGAUCCAAAUUUCUUCCAACAUAGAAUUCAUUGGUUUAGCAUAUUUAAUAGUUUUAUGAUGGUUAUCUUUUUGGUUGGACUCGUGUCGAUGAUUUUGAUGAGGACUUUGCGCAAAGACUAUGCACGAUAUAGCAAAGAUGAAGAAAUGGACGAUAUGGAACGAGACUUGGGUGACGAAUAUGGUUGGAAACAAGUUCAUGGGGAUGUUUUUCGAACUCCACAACAUAGUUUAUUCUUCUCCGCUCUAAUCGGCGCUGGAUAUCAAUUGAUCUCAGUUGUAUUUUGUGUAAUUAUUUUUGCAAUUGUAGGAGAACUAUAUACAGAACGAGGAUCUCUUUUGUCAACUGCGAUAUUUGUUUAUGCCGCCACAUCCCCAAUCAAUGGCUAUUUUGGUGGUUCUUUGUAUGCUCGUCUCGGCGGACGCAUGUGGAUACGACAAAUGGUAAUGUCGGCAUUUUUGGUACCUGUCUUUGUCUGUGGGACAGCGUUUUUCAUCAAUUUCAUCGCUAUUUACUAUCACGCCUCGAGAGCAAUUCCAUUCGGUACAAUGGUUGCCGUCACCUGCAUCUGUUUCUUCGUUAUUCUUCCACUAACCCUUGUGGGAACAGUAGUCGGACGCAAUUUAGAUGGCCAACCAGACUAUCCGUGCCGCGUGAAUGCUGUACCUAGGCCCAUACCCGAGAAGAAGUGGUUUAUGGAGCCAGCGAUUAUUAUUCUCCUUGGAGGUGUCUUACCAUUUGGUUCGAUUUUCAUUGAAAUGUACUUCAUUUUUACGUCAUUCUGGGCUUACAAAAUAUACUACGUUUACGGUUUUAUGCUUUUGGUCUUUACUAUUCUAACAAUCGUCACCGUAUGUGUAACCAUUGUAUGCACGUAUUUCUUGCUAAAUGCCGAGGAUUACCGGUGGCAGUGGACGAGUUUUCUGUCGGCCGCAUCAACGUCAAUUUACGUCUAUGCGUAUUCAUUUUAUUAUUUCUUCUUUAAAACCAAGAUGUAUGGCCUCUUCCAAACGGCAUUCUAUUUUGGCUACAUGGCGCUUUUCAGCGGAGCGCUAGGUCUCAUUUGCGGCACCGUUGGAUAUGCCGGUACAAACUUUUUUGUGAGAAAAAUCUAUUCAAAUGUGAAAAUCGAUUAAAUUUUUGUAUAUCGCAUCACAAAAAAAGUAAAAAAAACCAAUUAACAAAAAAAAAAAAACUAAA